AUGGGACGACUUCCACAAUACGAUCUCACUGUGUGGCAAAUACACGAAACGGAAGAUGAUUGUGACUUUGUCAUUCGGACUAACAAUGGAAGGGCCUUCUAUUGCACAAUACUUCCUUCUGACUUUCACGAGUCCCCUCAAGUCACCCAGCAAUACUUUCGAUGCCUCCAUCUCUUACGUUCUGGCGAAGAGGAAAUAGACGACUUUUACAUGGACGAUGCGCUUGAGUGGCUAGCGGAUGCCUUCCGACCCCUGGUAUUGCAGCAGGCUUCAAUUCCCCUCACGCUACCUCGUGGGCGGCCGACUUUGUCAGAAUACUUGUUUCCCGUCUCGCACGAUUGCCGCUUGGCUGCUUCGCAUGAUGAGCUCCGACCAUUUACAGUUCAUCACGAAGACCACGGCUGUAAAGGCCGUCUUGUUGCUUUGGACAGUUCCUUGAUCGACAGCUUAGAGCAAUGGACGCAGUCAUACAACCCAUCCGAUGUCGAGAUCUGCUACGACCACCCUGACGAUGAUCUGAUCCUCAUCAAACCGCCUACUAAAGUCGUAGUUGGUGCCCAAGAUCACCAGGUCACCUGCUUCUUCAAGCGUUUCAACACAUCAUUCGGUAAAAGAGGCGCCGCGAAGGAGCUCGAGUCGUUGAGGGCAAUUGCCAUGGCAGAGCUGCCGCCAGAUGCACUCGUCUGUCGCCUCCAAGGCGUUGUGCGAACUGAAGAUGGCGCGGCGGGAAUGCUAUUCACCUGGAUAAAGAAGAAAGAAGUCCUGUCUCGAUCGCUCGCGGAGGAGGCUUCGGCCGAGCUGAGGAGGCGUUGGGCUGACCAAAUCACCUAUACGCUGAAACAGCUGCAUGAACGGGGCAUCAUCUGGGGGGAUGCAAAGGCCGCAAAUGUCCUGAUCGAUGAGAAUGACGAUGCUUGGAUCAUUGACUUUGGUGGCAGCUAUACCGUUGGCUGGGUCGACAAGGACAAGGCCGGGACGCUGGAGGGUGACAUGCAAGGCCUGGCCCGGAUCAUGGAUACACUUUCCUGA